AUGGAAUGCCAAGACUUUUUCGCAAUCAUGCUCUCCCGCUGCCCCACCCUUGCCAAGAACUCAAGGGCUCUCCGCAUAGGACGUCGACAAGCAUACAGGUCCGGAUGGACGGACCCGUUCCAUAGGCAGCGAAGGGACGGGGUCUUUCCUGUCGGACGAGAAGCUGCCUAUCGGACAAUUCGAGAGUUCAAGCCAACGCUGAGGAGCUACCGUUUGCCGCUCAGCACCCACCAUUUUCCAAGCGCCUCCCUGCGAGUACCUGCCGCUCUUCCCCUGCCUCCCUUCAUCUCCUCAUCGAUCCACCAGCCCAACAGCCACAUUCAUCUGGACCACCGCCCACCAAUGACACUCAAUCCGACGCGGCUGCAUUUUGAAUUUGCGACUGGCCAUUUGAAAUUGCUGCGACUUGAACGGAAUUCACCAUUUCUUCGAUUCGACUUCGCUGAGACCAAAGAUCAGGGUUCAUCUCGGAUCUGUGUUCCUGACGAUGAGAUCGGGUCGUGUCGACUCGUCAACUCACCAGCGCUCAUCUUAGCGACAAUAGCGGGGCGCCUGACAUCAGUCUCCCACGACUGA